AUGGGCGAAGAAACUCAAGCCGUUGAGUCAAAAGUAACGCUAAAACGUAAAAUAACUUUAUUUAAUGGCGUCGGAAUAAUUAUAGGAACGAUAAUUGGUUCUGGAAUUUUUAUAUCACCAACUGGAGUUUUUCUACAUACUGGGUCGGUUGGAGCAUCUUUGAUAAUAUGGCUCGUUUGUGGACUUCUGUCGACGUUAGGGGCACUCUGUUACGCCGAGCUGGGAACCUCGAUAUCAAGGUCUGGCGGUGACUAUGCUUACAUUUACACUGCCUUUGGACCCCUGCCUGCUUUCUUGAGGAUGUGGAUAGCCCUGCUGAUUAUCAGGCCCACUACUCAAGCUAUUGUGGCACUUACAUUCGGACAUUAUGUCGUUAAACCCUUUUUCGACGAAUGUGAACCACCACAGGACGCCGUCAAGCUACUCGCUGCAGUAUGUUUAUGUAUAUUGACCGCCAUCAACUGUAUCAGCGUGCGAUGGACGAUGCGAAUCCAAGAUGUGUUCACCACGUCGAAGUUGUUAGCAUUAGUGGUGAUUAUUAUAUCAGGCAUUUACUACAUAGGUAUAGGUCAUACCGAAAACUUCCAAAAUGCCUUUGAAGGAGAAUACAGCGCAGGGAAAAUUGCCUUAGCGUUUUACUCAGGUCUCUUCGCCUUCGGUGGCUGGAACUACCUCAACUUCGUUACAGAAGAACUCCAAGAUCCAUACAAGAAUUUACCUCGAGCUAUAUGGAUCGCUAUGCCGAUGGUGACUAUAAUCUAUGUAAUGGCGAACUUGGCCUACUUCGCCGUGGUCUCUAAGUUGGAGAUGAUAUCUAACCCAGCCGUCGCCGCGGUAUUUGGUGAUCGUCUAUUUGGUAGUUGGAGCUGGUUGAUCCCAGUUUUCGUAGCGUUAUCAACGUUUGGUGGCGUGAAUGGUGUUUUGUUUACUUCUGCGCGUCUCUUUGCCACUGGCGCCCAAGAGGGCCACAUGCCGGGCUUCUUUACUCUUUUCCACGUGGACAAACAGACGCCGAUACCUUCACUUAUAUUUACUUGCUUCUUCUCGCUCCUCAUGUUAACUACAAGCAACGUGUUUGAUCUUAUUAAUUACUUCUCACAAACCCUAUGGUUGUCGGUGGGAGCUUCAGUAGUCGGCAUGUUGUGGAUGCGGCGAACCAGGCCAGAUAUGCCAAGACCUAUUGAGGUCAACCUUAUCAUACCUUACCUCUUUCUCAUAGCUAUAGGGUGUUUAGUGAUCAUACCAGCAAUCACUAAUCCGAAAGACACGGCUAUUGGGUUGGCUAUAUUGUUCUCCGGAGUUCCUGUAUACUAUGUAUGCGUAAAAUGGAAAACGAAGCCUGAAUGCUACAACGCAUUCUCUGGUUGCGUAUUAAGAUUCCUACAGAAACUAUGUUCUUGCAUUUAUGUCGAGUCCUCCGAAAAGAUGUCUAAU